CUUCAUACCUCAACUGUGUCGCGAUGUCAUUUCUGCCUGAAUGAUUAUGUAGAUCUAUCCCAAUGGAUUACUUUUUCUUUUGGCAAAAUUGUUCACAUUUGCAAGAUGUCAGUUGUGUGUGUGUGUACACUUUCAUGUAUGAUAGUUGAAGCAUGUUGAGACGCCUCAGAGCCCGCAGCAGGAGUUUGUUCCCCGGCUACAAACUCGGCAGCCGAACUGCAGCCUUAAGGGAACCGCACGACUUUGUGGAUCUGACCAGGAUCUUUAUGAAGCCAUGGAAUUCUAUGCAGAAUCUAGGCAAAGAUGUCUAUGAUCUUUAUGCUGAGGAUGAAGAGGAGGAGGAUGCAUCGCCCCCUUGCAUUCUGCUUUCUCCCACAAAGAACUUCACACUCAACAUCAAUGUUGGGGGAACUGUGUACCACCUGCCCUGCAGGUUAGCUGUCAGGCACCCCAAAACACGCAUCGGUCGCCUCGCCACAUACACAGACCAUAACAAGAAGUUGGAACUUUGUGACGACUACAUUGUCCACAGCAACGAGUUCUUCUUUGACCGGGACCCCACUAUUUUCCAAAAUAUAUUCAACUUUUAUAGGACUGGGGUGUUGUGGAUUAAAGAUGAGCUUUGCCCUCGGAACUUCCUGGAGGAGAUCAACUACUGGGGCGUCAGGAUCAAGAACAGCCAACGCUGCUGUCGGAUCUCAUUCGAGGAGAGGCAGGACGAGCUGAACGAGCAACUGAAGAUACAGAAGCAGCUGAUGGCAGAGGUGGAGAUGGUGGCGAUGGAGGAGGAGGAGGCCUUGUAUCAAAACAUGGUCUUUGGACGCACCCGCUGGAAGAUCUGGAACAUGAUGGAAAAGCCCUUCUCCUCUAUUACUGCCAAGCUGAUGGCCGUCGCAUCGUCCAUGUUUGUGCUGAUCUCGCUGGUUGCCAUGACGCUGAACACCGUGGAGGAGAUGCAGUAUAAGAUGCCAUCGGGGCAGCUAAGCGGCAGGUUCUACGGUGAACACGUGGAGACAUUCUGCAUCGCCUUCUUCACCCUGGAGUACGUUCUCCGCAUACUGUCUACUCCCAACAUCAGAAGAUUUGGACGCAGCGUCCUGAACUCUGUCGACCUGAUUGCCAUCUUGCCACACUACUUGCAGAUGGUCCUGGAGUGUUUUGAUGAAGAGGACAUACACUUGCAUUCCGGAGACAUUGAGGCUAUGUCGCGUGUUGGGAAGUUGGGCCAAGUUCUGAAGAUCAUGCGAUUGAUGCGGAUCUUUCGGAUCCUGAAGCUGGCUCGCCACUCGACGGGCCUCAGAGCCUUCGGCUUCACUCUGAGACAAUGCUACCAGCAGGUGGGCUGUUUGCUGCUGUUCAUCGGCAUGGGGAUCUUCAUGUUCUCAGCCAUGGUGUACACUGUCGAGCGCGAUGUUCCCAACACUAACUUCACUUGCAUGCCACUUGCGUGGUGGUGGGCUGCUGUAAGCAUUUCCACAGUGGGCUACGGCGACAUGUUCCCAGAGACCAUCCUGGGCCGCCUCUUUGCCUUCGCCUGCAUCGCCUUCGGCAUCAUCCUCAACGGCAUGCCCAUCUCCGUCCUCUACAACAAGUUCUCGGACUACUACGGCAAGCUCAAAGCGCAAGAGUACGCCGCCGUCACCAAGGCUCGCGGCGACGCGCACUUUGCCCGAAGGGCGGCCAAGAAGUUCGCGGAAUGUUAUCAGGAUGCCGUUCAGUCGAGAGCGACCCGGCUGCACUGCCAACUCGUUAACACAGCAGAGGGGGGAGCUAACGUCAUGAAAGCUUAUGGAGUCUCUCAUGGCCACACGAAGCACACUUGCCCGUGACUUUCGUUUAUUGUUAGAACCUCACAAAGGGCUUUUGUCCCACAGGCCUGUAGUGUAGCGUUGGGCUUUAUUUGACUGUUUAGGGCACCGUACCUCGCACUUUUGAGUCCGAACAAGUCGUCGGAUGUAACAAGCCACAUUAACAGCUUUUUUUUUUUUGUGUGUGCUCAGGACAAAGCCUGUCUGAUAUAAAUAAAUUGUGUUUGUGCCAUAUUUUGGUAUCGCAAUGCCAGUGACAUGUUGAAGUGAAAUGAGGAGCUUCAUUUUGGCACCCCAAAACUUUUUUUCUAAUAGGAAAAAAAAAAGUGCUUUUCUGGCAUCUACAGGCAAUUAUAAACAUUUGGGGAAAUCAUUUACUUGCAGAUUUCUUCUUUUAUAACUAUAUUAGCGGGGCAACACUGUAUUUGUUUAAAUUAUGACCCCUUCUAUUUCUUUUUGGCCAUAUUUUGCACGGGCAGUGACUGCCCCCAUCAUCCUCACAUACUUCGCAUGUCCUUUGGGUCCAUUUUCCAUUCAUCCUUGUUAGGACCCUCUUGCAGGUCCGGUCCGUCAAACUACUGAAUGCUAAAAUGAAAUUAGGGAAAAGGAAAAUGUUGCUUGGUCAUUGACUAAAAUCCAGUUGAAAUCUUCAAUAGCUGAAUCAAUCACUUUCAAGUGGGGAACCUGCACAUUUGCAAUAACUUAACUAACCUUUAACAUGGCAAACAUAAACAUCAAUUCAUAUUUCAAGAAACGCCCAAUUAAUAUUACAAACUCUCUCCUCUGAGUGUAAAAAAAAUGUAUGCGAACUCUGGAAACAAUGUCGAAAAGCCCAAAACUGUCCAGAACAAAAGGAAGAUGGGAGAGAAACAACUUGCAAGUUGUUGCUACUUUUGGUUUGUCCCAAUAGGUGUUGCAACAGAAUGUUACUCGCAUGAUUUGUUGGGCAGUGAUGAUAACAGUUAUAAAAUGAAAAUGUUCUUUUAAAUUUUUGUGUGGCAUGUUGUAAA